AUGAAUAGUGGUUAUUCAGACGAGAAAGGGGGGGCAUCCAUCAUACCAUCAGCGAGAAGGAGCAUACGUAGCUCCAGCGACCACACAAUGGGAAGAUACGGAUUAAAUAAAUCAAUUGAAAGAAACAAUCAAAGAAAUUCACCAAAUAUCAAUGAACAAGCAAGGGAUGAAGUGGACAAUGUAAUGAGUAAAAUGGCCCAACCAAGAAGUCCGUUAACAAUAAGAAAAAAAAACAUAGUACGAACUAAUUCAAAUACAGAGGUCGAGGAAAACAGGGAUAAUUACACUGAUGACGAUGAACUUGCACAAAACUACUCCGGGGCAUCAGUACCGAAUACAAGUCACGAAGAUAGCCUCCCUCUAUCGCCACACGUAUAUCACAAUGAAUUUGAAGGACGCAAUCAGUCUUCGACUCGGAAGCUCAAUGAUAGUCAACAUAGCUCAAACUUUAACAGAAGUAACUUUAGUUCUGAUAAUCUUGAUAGAUCUUGCCAACGAAGGUUAUCAGUUUCUCAGGAAGAAAGAAAGGGAUCAAAUAAGUCACUAAACUAUAUUGUCAUACUUACUUUCUGCAUAGGCAUCGUAGCUAUGUAUUAUUCUACAAUACUAGAAUUAUUUGCAGUAAAUAUAAAUCAAGAUAAAUCAACACAAACAGUUAAUUAUGAUACAAUUUCAUUUGAAAAUGAUAUGAAUAGGCUUCAAGAAAAAUACAAUAUUGAUAGUAAUUCAAUUUUACAACUUAAAAGUGGUAUAAUAACAAUAUUUUCGAAAAUGGAUGCAGGUUCCUUCAUAUUUGUUUACAAUAGUAAAACUCAGAAUUUUAACUCACUGCAGUUUGAAAAGUUCAUGGAUGAAGUUGCACACACAGCUGCAAGAUAUUUACGUAACGACGUUUCCUCCAUUAAACACACUGUUAUUGUUAGCACAAAUCUAGACAUGGCAGAGCACGGGGAGUUGAUCAGUAGGUAUCGAGAUGACGUAGAUAAAGCCGGGGUUUUACUAGUGAAGGAGGUCGACAGUGUCCCAUCAUAUUUAGCUAUGGCUUUCCAUUAUUACUGCGAUGAAUAUAAUCCAUUGGUAAAGAGGAGCGCUAUAUUCUUCACAUUGGAUUUGGCUAAUUGCUCUAAUGUCUCGGAGAAAAAACCAACACACGAUUUUAUCGAAAAAUGUCUGUCAGCGAAAUGGAAGACUGUGCCUAAGGAAAAUAUGAGACCGUUAUUAACAAGAAUGGUCGAUGUAGUCAUAGACGUUACGAGAGUGUUUUAA